CAACGGAGCCCAGGAUCUGGCAUGGGACACCCCGUGUGGCUGAUGCUGGGGUGGCUGCUGGCGGCGCUGGCGUGGGGCGGCACCGCUGUGGCCUCUGGCUUCUCAUGCUGGAAACACUGCAGGUCCCGCUGGUUCCUCUGCUCCUGGCCGCCCCGCGGCCCCGCUGGCAACACCUCCUACCUCCUGACGCUGUGCUACGCGGUGCCCAGGCUGUGCCAGCGGUUCGAGGUGGGCACGGGGACAACGUACACCUUGAAGCAUCACCGCGUCUACGUCCUCACCAACGCCACGGCCUGGGUGGAGGCGCGUUGGGGGGACCACAUCCACAGGACCCCCAACCUCACGCUGUACCUCGAUGAGGCCGUCAAGCCGGAUCCACCCCCCGCCGGGAUGCCCUUCACCAAGACCGGCGGCCGGCUGCGGCUGCGGGUGCCGUGGCUACCGUGCCGCCGCGGGGGCCAGCCACCGCAGCGGGAGGCUCGCUUCCGGAGGAUGGGCGACCGCGGCUGGACGCAGGUGACAUGUGAGACGGUGACAGAUGAGGAUGACUCAGUGACCUGUGCCCUGGGGGGACCUGGCGCCUUUGAGGUCCAGCUCCGGCACAAGCCCCCCCACUGGAGCAGCUACUGGAGUGACUGGAGCAGCUCCAUCUUCAUUCCUGAGGAAAUCCUGGCAAGCCCAGAGCUGAGCUAUCAACUGGGAAAACUGGGGAAAGAUGGGCAGCGGGUGCUGAGCCUGGGCUGGCAGCGAGCCCCCGAGGAGCAAGGGGACGUCACUUACACGCUGCGCACCCACAUGCCGGCAUGCCGCUGCGCCGAGCCGGCCGAGGAGGACACGGCAGUGCUGGGGAGGGAGGUGACGGGGCACAACCUCACCCUCUCCGGGGCUGAGUACGAAAUCCUGCUGACGGCAGCCAACGCCGCCGGGACAGGGCCAGCACGGCAGCUCCGUGUGCCAGCAGAGCAGAGCACAGAUUUUGGCUUCGAGGAUGUCAGCGUGGCCGGCGGCAACGUGACAGCACGGUGGCAAGCGCCGAGCCCUGGCUACGUCUACUGCUUCGAGCAGCAACCGCUACCAGGAGCCCUGAAACAGGGAAUUUGCAUCCGACGGGAUUUCCCUGCCGAGAGCAUCCAUGUGGAGAGAGGAGUGCUGGAAGCACCGGCGUGUUACCGCUUCGCCGUUCACGGCUGGGCCCCGGCACGGGGCUGGUCCACCUUCGCCCUGCGGCACCGCUACGCCGGCAACGCCUCGCUGGCCGUGCCCAUCCACAUCAACGCCAGCACCGGCGAUGCUGCCAUCGUCAUCCAGUGGAACCCGUCCCCCCGUGCCGCCUGUCCUGGGGUGCUGGCCAAGUACCUCAUCUGCCACGCGGCCAAGGGGGACAACGUGACCUACGCCGAAGCGGACGCUGCGGCAUCACACUACACCCUCCAAAACCUGAGGCCCGGCACAGCUUACAGGGUGGGCGUCUGGGAGGUGACGGCAGAGAGCGGGGGGACCUGCGGUGCUUGGUGGCACUUCCAGACCAAGGCACUGGGUCCCCAGGGAGCAGCGUGGAAAUUCAACCUGAAGUACCUGGGCAUCUCUCUUGGUCUCCCUGCCAUGGCCGCUGUCUACCAGAUAAGCAAAAAGAGGGCUCGCCGCCUCUUCUUCCCACCCCUGCCCAAGCCCAUGGGCAGCAAAGCCAUCCAGUUCUCCACCAGCGAAACGAGCCAGGGCCAGCCCCAGCCAGGCUUCGUGGAGCCCUCGGAGAGGUUCAGCCUGGCCGAGCUGCUGCUGCUGGAGCCGAAUCCCAGCAAGGAGCCAAAUCCUGGCAAGGAGCUGGAUCCCAGCAAGAAGCUGGAUCCCAGCAAGGAGCUGGAUCCCAGCAAGGAGCUGACUGACACCGAUGCCAGCGCAUGGCCCGGCACGCUGUGGCCCAGCCCGGUGGCCGAAGAACCAGCGGUGCUGUGCCCGCCGGGCUGCGAGAAGGAGCUGCCGUUCGCCUACCGCAGGCAGGAGGUGCUGAGCCCGGUGGGAUUUCCACCAUCUGACAGCACUGGCUGCACCAGCAACCCACCUGGUGAGGAGGAGGAGAAGGAGGAGGAGGAGGAGGAGGAGGAGGAGGAGGAGGAAGAGGGGGAAACUGAAGGGCUGUGCCAGCCGCUGGUCCCCAUUGCCCUGCUCAUCUCCGACAAACCCGUCAUCAUCAGAGACGAGGAAGGAUGGGACCCAUCGCCUGAGAAGUCGGUGCUGUAGCCAUCACCAGGCUGGGGAUGGAUGGCAGGAGGGGGACGGGGGGGGGUCCCAUGGGAUGCUGAGCACCCACGCAGGAUGCUGAGCUCCCCCCCACCCCAUGGGUUCAUUCUCAUGAGCAUUUUCAGGGUGUUUUCUGGUUUUCAGGACACAGAAGGCGACGCCUCCAAUUACAGGGGGCCAGGAUCAGGCCACGCGCUUCCCAGCCUCAACCGUUUGCUGGUGAUAAAUAAAUAACGAGGGAAGGAGAUGGCAGAGUCUGGCUGGGGCUGAGGGUGUUUCCUUGGCUGGAUCGGGAGGAGAGGCAGCGCUUCAUCCCGGCUGGCUGCCUCCUGCCUUCCUGAGGGAUGGGGGCACAGGCAGCCCCAGCACCAGCCAGAAGCUACUGGCAAAAAGAAAA